AUGUUAUUUUUUCAAAAAACGAGAGACACGUAUGAUUUCUCCUCUAUUGAAUUGACUGCUUUAUGCCCAUUUAAGAUGCAUUGGAGAAUUGCCCAAAACAACCAGGAAUCCUUUGCAUACAAACUCACAGAUAUCAAUCCAUUUAAUUUUCAUCAACGAAUUACAGAUUAUCAGAUUCAAAAUGAGUCAAAGUUACAAAGAAUUCCUCUUGAAAUGCAAGAUAAGGCAAUAGAAUUAUUUUGGCAAAAAUUAUCAGUUAAUGAGAUGUUUACUGCAGGCAUUUUAAUAACUAGCAGAGUCGAAGGAAUGCAUGCUAAGUUAAAAGGAAUUAUGAAAACAAUUAAAAGAAAUAGUGAUAUUAAGAUUUUUACGGCUUUUGAGAGUAUUGCAAGUAGAGAAGACGAAAAAAUAAUGUUAAAAGAGUAUGAACAAACCAAAAACACAACUUUCACGAUAAAUACGAUGGAAGCAAUCGGAAAGUUAUAUUCUAAUCAUUGUUUAAAGCACUACCAAAACUCUAUUAAUGGUAUUAAAGCAACUUUCUUAGAGGACAAUAGGGAUGAUGAUCAAAGAUGGAAAGUUUUAAACAAAAUACCCAAAUUGAGUAAAGAAGAAUAUAUAAUCAAAAAAUCUCUCAAAUACACAUGCAGGAAAUAUGAAAAAUAUAAGAUUCUAUACAACCAUCUUCUUUUUAUAUAUAAAAUUACUGGGAGAAAUAUUAUAGAGUUAAUUAUUGAAAAUACAGCGAGAAGAUGGCUAUUGCCUUCAGUUUCUGACGAAACGAAUAACGAAUUAUUCAAAAGAAUUCAAGGUGUAACUUAUUAUCGCAAACUAAAUGCAUCUCCAGUUAAUCAAGAAGAGAGAAAGAGAUAUUAG